AUGUCAUUCAGCGGGAAAAAAUUUAGAUCUAGGAGGCAGCUGUUAGCAUAUGAAGCAUCAUUAGCAGGGCGAUAUAAAAAAGCAUUGGGUAAGCACCCCUUCCUAUUCUUUGGUUUGCCGUUUUGCGCAACAAUAGUUUUAGGUUCCUUUUGGUUGUCGAGCUUCACAGCGAUCAAAUAUGAGCAAGGCGAUCGUAAAGUUCAAGAAAUUAAUGAAGAGGAUAUACUGAAAAUGAAGAAAAAUCAAAGAGAAUUCGACAUAAAAGAAGAGUAUUACCGCCUGCAAGGCCUUUCGGAAGAAGACUGGGAACCUGUACGUGUAGCCAGAUUAAAGGACGAAUCGGAAAAUGUUUGGUAA